AACUCGGAUGAGGGACCGAAUGGCGGCAAAUUACUCAUGUUAUUGUUUGUCCUGAUUUGUAACCUGAAUUUGUAACCUGACAUUCAAGAAUUACUAUUACUCACAAUUAUUGGCUACAAUACGUUUACGAAGAAAAAUGCAAAUCAUCAUCCAAUCAACAGGAAACAUCAAUGAAUAUCUAAUGAUAGAGUUCCAAGGUGACCUUGAGACCAAGUCAGAAGAGGCCCUGGGAAGCAAAUUAAUUGGUGAUUUGCAUUUUAAUCAUGAGGGACACCCCAUCAUGAUUAUUGGGCACCACAUUCUCCAUGGAAAAGUUCAAGAUCUUGAUAAACCCUUAGUAGUCAUUACGAAAGAAAACGACAAUGUUCCAGAUGAGAAUAACGUCACAUAUGGUGUCACAGCCGUUAUCAAGAAAAAGAUGAUAUUUAAAACUCGACCCAAACCGAUAGUUGGCGAAAUGAUAAAGAAAUUGUGAUAAUUUUGUAUGUAUUUACUACCUCCAUAUGUCAUACACCAAUCCUAUAUGGGUAA